AUGGACUGGGACUUGAAGACCUGGGACAUGUCGGAAUUAGAACCCAGUAUGAGGCCGUCCUUCGCUCCCGGAGGCGGCUUAGAGGGCCAGACGAGCGGAUCAGACUGCUCCGUUGAUCUGAAACUUGGGGGCUCGGGGAACUUUGGAUCAUCCUCUGCCUCCUACAGAUGUAGAGAAGGUAUGAGGUUCUCCACGACGACGGUUUCCCCGUCAAGCUCGUCAAAGAGGGCACGAGCGCCGAACAACGGCGCCCAUGUCGCCUCUUGCCUCGUCGACGGGUGCAACUCCGACCUCAGCGGCUGCAGAGAGUACCACCGACGACAUAAGGUUUGUGAGGUCCACUCGAAGACGCCAAUGGUCAUGGUAAAUGGCCUUGAACAACGCUUCUGCCAGCAGUGCAGCAGGUAAUGGCUGAAGAGAAGACCCCAUUCCCUUUUCCUUUUGUCUCUACUUUCGUGCUUUCUCUAUCUCCACUGCCGCGUCCUCUCUUUUUCUCUCUUGCUUUCCUGUUUUUCUCCCCGCGUCUGCACUUUCGUCCUCUCUUUCAUCCCCUUGUCUUGUCUUGUCUUCUCUCUCUCUCUCUCUCUCUCGCUCACGCUCCGUGUUCUUCUUCCUCGUUCGGAAGUCAAAAAGAAGCUCUUUUCCUGUUUUCUUCUUCCUUACUGUCACCUGCUUAUUCUGUCUCCCUUUAUACACUCUCUCUUUUCAGAUUGUCUCGUUUUCUCUUUGAUGUUUUCUGAAGCCCAAUCUUGGGCAAUGCUACUGAAAAGCAUUUUUUUUGGGGGGGUACAUUUAGAUAUAUUAAAGGAUCACCUUCUUCAACUCUAAUGCCGUUAUUUCUUCCUACCUAUGUUUGUUUCUAUUUGAUAUUUUUGCAUAUAUACUCAAAUUAUAUGCACGCUAGAGUGUGGAUUAUCUUACUCCGAAAUCUAUUUAGCCUGUAUGAUAAUUGGAGAAUUCUAAGGAUAUUUUUUUUCAUCCGAAUUAUUAUCUUUUCAACCUGAAAAUAUCUCUUCAACGUCUUUGUGUGGGUUCACAGGUCAAUACUUCGAUUGAACAUAUUUACCCCUUCUACUGUCUUUGUUUUGAAAUAAGAGCGCAAUUAAUUUCCUGAUUAAAAACUCUGGCACUUCUUUGCGCUUAUUAUUGAAAAUAUGCGCCAGUAGUUGAAUUUGUCCUUCGAUAGUCAGUCAGGUGGCCAUGAAAUCAUUCAGAAAUCAUAAGAAUUCUAAUGGUGCAAUCCUUCAUUACAUGCGUGCUCCAUUCUUCAAGCAUACUUCCAAAUCAUAUAACAUUAGUUUAGAUAAGAGAAAGUGAUAUAAUAUUCCCAAAAUGACUUAUCUUAUGUGGUGAUUCUCGAUAAGCUGCUGUGGUGACUGUGGAGGGUUUACCUAGUGCAACUUCACAUAUUGCUGGGCUUAUUAUAUUUGAAAAAUUUCACGAUUUUUUAAGAAAUAAUUUAGAAAUAUGGGCUCUAAGUUGGUUCUUUUGGUGAUACACGCGACAGAGGGUAUCGGCCUUGUUGAAGUUCCGUUGACCUAUUAAAAUAGAACGAGCUAGACGCUUCGGCGGUCUUUUGGAGUCAUUUUACCUUUGCCAAUUUUAGAAAAUUGUUUACCUUUGAAAAACAUUAUUAGGUUCACUGUAUCCAUUGGUUUCAUUGGAAUUGGUCUCACAGUAAUGAAUUACUCGAAGUGUUUCCAUUUCAGUCGUGGCGCGUGUUGUGGUUCCGAUUUGAAUCUGCUUUGGCCAUGUUUUCAAACAUCCUCUCUCUCUCUCGCUCUCUCUCUCUCUCUCUCUCUCGCGGGCGCUACAUAUAUAGAUAUAGAUAUUACAAUUAUAUUAUAAUUUUAAAUUACCCAUCUGUAUAUAGGUUUUAUCUAUGUAUAGAUAUAGAUGUAAACAGUUGAGUUAUUCCUAUGAUAUCAGAAGGGGCAGCGUUCUCUAUCUUGUGGAUUGUAUGAGUUUACUAAUUUCUCAUCUUUUACUUAUAGUUUCCAACAUCUGAUCUGUUUUCAUGACACCUGCUUGCUUUAAAGUUCACGAGUGAAGAAUAGGGAGGCGUAUGCAAAAUUUGUGGUCACGCCAGAUAGCUCAUAUUUUGUCUUGGGCCAGAUAUUCGGCAAAUACUCAUCUUUGAAUGUUAAGAACUGCUUAUUUCCUUUGAUUCUAUGUAGCACUCGGGGGACGAUUCCUUAAAAUUUUCCCCCUAUGAAAUCACGCCUUGCAGGUUUCAUAUGUUAGCGGAAUUUGAUGAGGGAAAACGAAGCUGCAGAAAACGUCUCGACGGUCAUAACAGGCGUCGAAGGAAACCUCAGCCACAUGCUAUGCAUUCGGCUAAUUUAUUCGCCAAUUUCCCAGGUUUGGGCGAAGAACUUAAGUUAAUCAUCAAUCAUCUUCUUCAGUUAAAUCUCUAUUUCUUUAUGUAUGAGAGAUUACUUUCAAAUCUACAGGACCCAGGUUCUCUUUGUACUCUGAGGUUUUCCCUGCUGCUAGACCAGAGUCCAACUGGGUUGCAGUGGUGAAAGCCGAGGAAGACGUCUCCUCCCUCCACGGCCACAGCUUGCCUUUUCAGUUCCCUGGAUCAUAUCCUCGGUCUUAUGAAGAAGAGAGAGCAUUUCUUUUCACCAGCAACAGAAUAAUGGAAACCUCCGUCUGCCAGCCACUCCUCCCCACCAUCACCACCUCCCAGGGCAGCAGCGACGACAGAAUGUUUCACGGUGGGCUAGCCCAAGUUCUCGACUCUGAACUUGCUCUCUCUCUUCUGUCAUCACCAACUUGCUCUUUGGGUAUCAACGACAGUCACAUGGUGCCGGCUGGGCGGAUUCCGCUGGCUCAGCCGCUGUUCUCCACGUUUCAUCAGCAUGGUCUAGCUCAUUAUACUCACUCCCAGGAUUCGAACCAGAUUUCGUCAACUGGGUUCUCGUAUCCGGGGAUGGUAGAUGAGCAGGUGGGUGGCCUUCUGGUUUCUGACGCCGGAGACGCCGAUCUCCAUUUCUAG